GGGCUCAUAUAUCUGUUCAUUGGUUCCCAGACCUCUGCGAAGAUGACGAAGAAGUACCCAACCGUGAGCGCGGAAUACCAAAAGGCCAUCGAGAAGUGCAGGAGGAAGCUUAGAGGCAUGAUCGCUGAGAAGAACUGUGCACCCAUCAUGGUCCGCCUCGCAUGGCACUCUGCUGGAACAUUCGAUUGCGUCUCAAGGACUGGAGGUCCCUUCGGAACAAUGAGGUUUGAUGCUGAGCAAGCUCAUGGAGCCAACGCUGGUAUCCACGUUGCUCUUAGGUUUCUGGACCCAAUCAAGGAGCAAUUCCCUACCAUCUCUUUUGCUGACUUCCAUCAGCUUGCUGGUGUUGUUGCCGUCGAAGUUACUGGUGGACCUGAUGUUCCUUUCCACCCUGGAAGAGAGGACAAGCCCCAGCCACCUCCAGAGGGUCGUCUUCCUGAUGCUACAAAGGGUUGUGACCACUUGAGGGAUGUCUUUGCCAAGCAGAUGGGUUUGUCUGACAAGGACAUUGUCGCUUUGUCUGGUGCCCACACUAUUGGAAGGUGCCACAAGGAUAGGUCUGGCUUCGAAGGUGCCUGGACCUCAAACCCUCUUAUUUUCGACAACUCUUACUUCAAGGAGCUCUUGAGCGGAGAGAAGGAGGGCCUUCUUCAGCUUGUCUCUGACAAGGCGCUAUUGGACGACCCCGUUUUCCGUCCUUUGGUCGAGAAAUACGCUGCUGACGAAGAUGCCUUUUUCGCUGAUUACGCCGAGGCCCACUUGAAGCUUUCGGAGCUCGGGUACUUGAUCUGA